AUGGCAGACUUUGGCAACUACGGCAACUACGGCGGUAAUUACGGAGACGGAGGGUUCGCCAAUACCGGCUUUUCAGAUGGCGGGUUCAGCAAUGACAGUCAGCAAGCAAACACCAAGCAGCAAGUGCGCUCGAGUCUCACGCCGGUCACGAUCAAGCAGAUCUUGGAGGCAACGCAGCCUACACCAGAUGGCGACUUCAAAAUCCACAACGUCCAUUUGAACAUGAUUAGCUUUGUUGGGGUUGUGCGCAAGGUCGAUGGGCAAGGUAUGAGUGUCGUGAUUGCCGUUGAAGACGGCACGGGGUCAAUCGAGAUACGUAAAUGGAUCGACGAAAACAACAGCUCGCUUGCUGAAGAAGUGGAGAAAUACCUGGCUUAUAAGAACAAGUACGUCUCCGUGGGAGGCUCGUUGAAAACCCACAUGAAUAAAAAGAGUAUCCAGAAUGCGGCCAUCUCGCCCAUCACCAACGCCAACCAGAUUUUGUACCACCACUUGAGUGCCAUUGACGUUCACUUGAAGAGCCAGGGAAUCCCAAAGAGCAGUGGUGCCGGUGAUGAUGGCUUGUUUGUCAAGGACAAUGACGGCGACCAGUCGAUCAUUGACAGAGUCUUGAAUUUCAUUACAGAGGAAAGCAAAACGAUGCAGGACGGCGUUCCUAUCAACUACAUCGUGGAGAAACUCGGCAUUUCAAAAGACGAAGGGUUGAGGCACUGCAAUGAGUUGGUUGAGAAUGGAAGGAUAUAUUUGGGUUUCAAUGACGGCGGAUAUAUAGCUGUUUAA